CCCCGCCAGGACCCCAUUCCAAAAUGGCGGCGCCCUUAGGGUGGAAGUUGUGCGGCCUAAUCAGCCGGUGGAGCUUGGGUGUCUCGUCAAGAUCGCGGCUGUUUCCCCCUGCCCUCGGCAUGGCGGUCGCCGCUGCUUCCUACCACGCCAGGCCGCUGGGUUUGGACCUCAGCGGCCACUAUGUGCCCGGGCCCGAGGCUCCGGAGUGGCAGCGCGGCCCCAGGGCGCAGCGCCGAAGGUUCGCGGCUGUCGGCGCCGCCUCCGGCAUCCCCGCCGCUUCCCUGUGGCCCCAGGCCGCCGAGCUGAGCCUCCUCCGAGAGCAAGAGCGCGCCGAGCCCACCCUACAGCAGAUGUGGAGCAACAUCCGCGACCGGGAGGCCGAACGGCGGCAGAGAGAGCGCAGCAGGCAAAAACUGAUUGCAGCCAACAUGGCCAAGAUGCCCAAGAUGGUUGAGGAAUGGAGGAGGGGGAAACAGGAGGCAAAAGUGAAGCAGAGGGAAGAGAAGGCCAAGAGAGAACGGCUGCUGGCUGAAGCCAGAGUGCGAUUUGGUUACAGCAUUGACCCCCGCAACUCCAAGUUUCAGGAAAUGGUGAAGGAACUGGAGAAAGAGGAGAAGAAGCAGAAGAAACUGAUGAAGAGACGACAAAAAGCAGAGACUGACGGGAGUGAGGCAUCAGCUGCAAUUGCCACAACAUCUUAAAACCACGUGCAAGUCCUGCCAGAGUCUGGACAAGCCUCAAACGAUUUCCAAUAAUUUGCAUGAACCAACUGCAGUAAAUCUGAGGACUCAAAGUAUCUGAGAUGUUCCAUUCUUGGUGACUCCAAGCAUGUGUAAUUUAUUUGUCCUUAGGAUUACAGGAUCACAUUUAUUAGCAGUUAACCUGUUUGUGAUUCUGGGAUCUGUCCCAGCUGGUGCAAGAGUAAUAGUAUCAGAACUUGCUUAAUGAAUCGAAGAGCUAUUACUGGUAUGGGGAUGUCAGAUUGGUUUCUCAUUUGGGGAAAACCAUGUAAUUUUUUUCAGUCAGUACUGUUCCAGGUCAUUGAUAAGCUGGCUUGAGAAACAAUGUCAAGAUUCACUCACAGAUUUUAAUUCUGCAGCUCAUGUAAUCAAUCUUUGGACUUUGUAUAUAAAUGCUGCAGAGACGGAAAAAUCUGUACCAAACUUCCACUGUAUUGAGUUAAUUUGACAUAAAUUAAAAUGAUUAAGUAAUUUAAA